AUGCUGGGGGCCUGCCUGGGCCUCUGGGUCUGCACCCUGGGCUGUGCGGUCCACGCCUAUCCCAACACCUCCCCGCUGCUGGGCUCCAGCUGGGGCGGCCUGACCCACCUGUACACGGCCACGGCCAGGAACAGCUACCACCUGCAGAUCCACAGGGACGGCCACGUGGAUGGCUCACCCCAGCAGACCAUCUACAGUGCCCUGAUGAUCAGAUCUGAGGAUGGGGGCUUUGUGGUGAUAACAGGGGUGGUGAGCCAGAGAUAUCUCUGCAUGGACUUCAGAGGCAACAUUUUUGGAUCUCAUCACUUCAGCCCCGAGAGCUGCAGGUUCCGGCAGCGGACGCUGGAGAACGGCUACGACGUGUACCACUCGCCGCAGCACCGCUUCCUCGUCAGCCUGGGUCGGGCCAAGCGGGCCUUCCUGCCGGGCACCAACCCGCCCCCGUACGCGCAGUUCCUGUCGCGCAGGAACGAGAUCCCGCUGCUGCACUUCGCCACCGCGCGGCCCCGGCGCCACACGCGCAGCGCGCACGACGGCGGGGACCCGCUGAGCGUGCUCAAGCCGCGCGCCCGCGCCACGCCCGCGCCCGCCUCCUGCUCGCAGGAGCGGCCCAGCGCCGAGGACAGCGGCCCUGCGGCCAGCGACCCGCUGGGGGUGCUCCGCGGCCACCGGCUGGACGCGCGCGCCGGGCCGGGGGGCGCCGAGCGCUGCCGGCCCUUCCCCAGCUUCGCUUAG